AUGAGAGAAACUUUGGCUGGACCAACGGGAAUCAAAAUGGGAAAUGGCCAGCAACUGGUAGUGACAAGGUACGAAGACGAUGUUAUAAUAAUGGCAGAGAGUGAGGAAGACCUUAAGAGAACUACUAGUAAACUGAUAGAAGGUGAAAAAAUCGGAUUAAUGGUGAAUGAAGAAAGAACAAAGUACAUGAUAGUUACUAGACAUAACCAAGAAAUAAGACAUUUGGAAGUAAAUAAUUGUAACAUUGAAAGGGUGGCCAACUUCAAAUACUUAGGGGUAAAUAUUAAUGAGAAUGCUGACAGCAACGAAGAAAUAAGACUCAGACUGGUAGUGGCAAAUAAAUGCUACUUUGGACUAGUACCCAUUGUUCGGGGUAAAAUUCGCAAUUUUUAUUUUUACUUAAUACAAAGAGAAAAAGUAUACAUAAUUUUUAUUUAA